AUGGAGUCAAUGAAGAUGAAACUCUUUGUGGCUGUUUUAGUGGUCGGGAUGGCUUUCUCUGUCGUGCAACAGGCUGCCGCCGUGGAGUCUCCGGCUCCGAGCCCUACCUCUGAUGCUUCCCUGUCUAUCCUCACUUUUGUCGCUACCGUAGCCACUCUGGCCUUUGGGUUUCUCUUCUAACUAAGCAAAUUUGUCUUUGACUUAUUUUUGUUUAUGUAGAAAUUAUAUUCUUGAUUUCAUAUAAACAAAAAAAAAGAUUUCAUAUUUAUUUGCACUCAUGUAUUGUUUUAAUAAUUA